CCUUUCACUUCCUGCCUCGUAAUAAAAUGGGCAGCCUGCCUUGCAACAUCUUCAGUCCCUUAGACCCUGACAAUUUCACCGAGCAAUCCCAUCAGGUUCUUGAUUUCGUUGCUGAUUACUACCGAGCCAUUGAAAACUACCCUGUUCGAAGCCAAGUCGAACCGGGUUAUUUGAAGAACCGUUUACCAGAUUCCGCUCCAUUUUCACCUGACCCGUUAGAAGCUAUAUUAGAAGAUGUUCAUAACCAUAUAAUACCUGGUCUCACUCACUGGCAAAGCCCAAAUUUCUUUGGUUACUUCCAAGCCAAUGCUAGCACUGCAGGAUUUCUCGGCGAGAUGCUUUGUACCGGAUUCAAUGUUGUUGGCUUCACUUGGAUCGCUUCACCAGCUGCAACUGAGCUCGAAAACAUUGUAAUGGAUUGGAUGGCCAAGAUGCUCAAAAUCCCACAUUCAUUCACAUUCUCCGGUGGCGAAGGUGGUGGAGGAGUAUUGCUCGGUAGCACUUGCGAAGCGGUCGUGUGCACGUUAGCAGCAGCCAGGGAAAAAGCCUUGGAGAGGCUUGGAUGGGACCACGUUGGUAAAUUAGUCGUGUAUGCAUCUGAUCAAACACAUGCCGCCGUCCAAAAAGCAUCAAGACUAAUCGGAAUCCGACCGUCCAAUUUCCGAUCACUCCCCACAUCAGCUGCCACGUCAUUUGCAUUAUCUCCCGAAGUCGCACGUAAGGCGAUAGAUGACGAUGUAGAAUCUGGGUUGUUUCCUUUGUUCCUUUGUGCAACGGUGGGGACCACAGCAUGUGGAGCUGUAGACCCAUUGGAGGGUUUGGGUGAGGUUGCUCGUGAAUAUGGUAUGUGGUUCCAUGUAGAUGCUGCCUACGCCGGAUCGGCAUGCAUCUGUGAAGAGUUCAGAUCUUAUCUAGAUGGGGUCCACCUUGCUGAUUCACUUAGUAUGAAUCCACAUAAAUGGUUUCUUACUAACAUGGACUGUUGUUGCUUGUGGGUCAAGAACCCAGAUGCAUUAACUAGCUCGUUAUCAAUGGAUCCUGAGUAUUUGAAAAAUAAGGAAAGUGAUAUGAAGAAAGUUGUGGACUAUAAGGACUGGCAAAUUGCACUGAGCCGGCGGUUUCGAGCCAUGAAACUAUGGCUCGUGAUUCGGAGCCAUGGGGUGGUUAACCUGCAGGAGCACAUUCGAAGUGAUGUGGCAAUGGCGAAGUGGUUCGAAUCACAAGUGGGUAUGGACCCUAGGUUUGAGGUUGUGGUGCCGAGGAAAUUCGCCAUGGUGUGUUUUCGUCUCAAGCCUAGGGCAGGAGAAGAUGGGUCGGAUAUUAAUAGUCAGCUUCUGGAGAGUAUUAACUCUAGUGGGCGUGCUUACAUGACUCAUGCUGCGGUGGGUGGGUUAUAUGUACUGCGGUUUGCUAUCGGUACAACCCUAACUGAGCAGCGACAUGUGGAUGCCACAUGGAAGCUGAUUCAAGAAAAGGCUGAUUUAAUACGUGGUCUGGAAAUGAUGUAGAGCGGGCUGCGGACACUUUCGUGGUAAGAUGGACCAGAGAAGACCCAAUGGAAAGCGGAAGUAAUCAGGACCGUCAGAACCUUAAAACACUUGUAUUGAAUAAAUUGGAACAAAUUUUCGAUGAAUCAUAUAUGAUUUUGGGGAGGAGAAGCUACUUUCGCCAACGAACUCCUAGGUUGCAUACACUGAAUUUGCGGAUUCCAUUGUCUAGCCCAUUUUAUUUCUA